GCGCGCCGCUGAUUGGUGAAUGGCGUGUAGAUGCGACGUAAACAAAGCGGCGAGGAGAGGUUUGAACUUCACUGUGUGUCCGCGUAGGCUGCGCGUACGGAGAGCACGGUGACGCACCGCAAAGCGUAAAGUUGUGACAGUUCACUAAUAGAAUAGCAAAAAGAAAUCUCUUAGGUGCACUGUUGGUUUUUCUUUACUGAUGAGGGUUGAGACGUUGCUCAGUGCGUUUCUUUUAAAUUACAAAUCCCUGUGCGCUUCGUCUCGGUGCUGUUGCGCGCAUUCAGGUCUGUAACUCCAGCACACGCUGCCUGCAGGCCUGCAGUAGCUCAGGUGGCACAACGGCAGGCAACAUGAACAACGUCGGUUGGCUUUGCCGCUGUCAUCUGUAGUCACAGGCUACAUACCACGAGGGAUUUCCGAAGCUUGGUGGGUCGCCGGACAGAGCGGCGUCUCUUCUUCAUUUUAGUGAAACUGUCAUGCUGCCCAAAGUCGAGUCAGAGUGCCUGGGACUCUCUCGGUCGCAUGGGGAGCAGGGCCACAUUCCCGCAAACAUGCAAGCCCCUCAGUUUAAAAUGAUGGACUACUCCUACGAUGAAGACCUGGAUGAGAUGUGUCCCGUGUGUGGAGACAAAGUAUCCGGAUAUCACUACGGCCUGCUCACCUGUGAGAGCUGCAAGGGCUUCUUCAAGCGCACCGUGCAGAACAACAAGCGCUACACAUGUAUUGAGAACCAGAGCUGUCAGAUAGACAAGACACAGCGUAAGCGCUGCCCUUACUGCCGCUUCCAGAAGUGCCUCAACGUCGGCAUGAAGCUGGAAGCUGUGAGGGCGGACCGUAUGCGCGGUGGUCGAAACAAGUUUGGCCCCAUGUACAAGCGGGACCGUGCGCUAAAGCAGCAGAAGAAAGCACUGAUCCGUGCAAGCGGCCUCAAGCUGGAAUCCAUGAACCACAGCAUGCAGACCGCUCCCGCUGACCUCACUAUCUCCUCUGCUAUCCAGACCAUCCACUCAGCUUCCAAGGGGCUGGCACUGAGCCACCACCACCACCACCACCACCACCACCAACACCAUCAACAUCACCAGCAUCACCAGUCCAGCUCUGACUAUGACCGCAGCCCCUUUGUCCCAUCUCCCGUCAGCAUGGCCAUGCCACCGCAGGGCUACCAGGCCUAUGGGCACUUCCAGAGCCGAGCCAUCAAGUGCGAAUACCCCGAGCCGUACGGCAGCUCGCCUGAAUCGUUGAUGGGCUACGCGUACGCCGAAGCGCCGGGAUUCCCACGCUUGGUAGCUGAGCUGCUCAAGUGUGAGCCCGAUGAGCCGCAAGUGCAAGCCAAGAUCCUGGCCUACCUGCAGCAGGAGCAAGCCGGCCGCAGCAAGCAUGACAAGCUCAACACCUUUGGCCUCAUGUGCAAGAUGGCCGACCAGACGCUCUUUUCUAUCGUCGAAUGGGCACGCAGCAGCAUCUUCUUCCGUGAGUUGAAGGUUGAUGACCAAAUGAAGCUUCUCCAAAAUUGCUGGAGCGAGCUUCUUAUCCUUGACCAUAUUUUCAGACAGGUGAUGCACACCAAGGAGGGCUCCAUACUGCUGGUUACAGGGCAACAAGUGGACUAUGCGUUAAUUGCAUCUCAAGCUGGGGCCACACUCAACAACCUCCUGAGUCGGGCACAGGAACUGGUCAGCAAGCUGCGCUCCCUUCAGUUGGAUCAGAGAGAGUUUGUCUGCCUCAAGUUCCUGGUGCUGUUUAGCUUAGAUGUGAAAAACCUGGAGAACUUCCACCUGGUGGAAAGCGUUCAGGAGCAGGUGAACGCAGCACUGCUUGAUUACGUCAUGUGUAACUACCCACAGCAGACAGAUAAAUUUGGCCAGCUGUUGCUGCGGCUGCCUGAGAUCCGCGCCAUCAGCCUGCAGGCCGAGGAAUAUCUGUACUACAAACACCUGAACGGCGACGUUCCCUGCAACAACCUGCUUAUUGAGAUGCUGCAUGCAAAACGAGCUUGAACCAAACAUUUCUGAAUCAACACAACGCACACACUGCUCCCAGACAACACUCUUCCAGUCCAGCAUCAUGAGCAGCCACAACAUUUCAGAACAUGCACUCAGAUGCCUCCACAUGCCGGUGCUGUGCUUACACUGCAUGGUUCAUGUUGUUUCAGUGAAUGAUUUGGGCCAAAACAGAGAAGAAGAUGUCAAUAAACACUUUUUGGUUGAGGGGAAUGCACUCAGCCCCUGAUCCAGCAGAACAGUCAUGUACUGACUUCUGAUGUCUUGGUACAGGUUCUAAUAUAUUUGCAAAACAUCUGCAGUUUUGUGAGCAGCUAAAUGUAAUUAUUUCCUCUCACUGAGACUGUAAGCUUGAGGGUUUGAGAUGGCACAUUUCAUUUCUUCUCCAGAACUUGGACCAGUCAUUGCUCUUGACAGCCAGCAUAUGAGCUGUAGAUUGAAGUCAUCUGGAUCAGCUGAUUGUGACUGUGACAUGUGUCAGAAACUUAACGACAUGCAGUACAAACAGUACAAACCUGUUCAAAUCGUCUGAUCUUCUUCCUCUUACGUUACAGGUUAAAACAUGUCCUCUGUGAAAAAAAAAGUCAGUUUCUGAACUUUUAACCUCUAAGCCAGCUAAGUCAUUUCUAACUUAUUAAACACAUGUUUAUCAGUAUGGUCUCACUGAUGCAGUGUUAGAGAAAGGAACACUAUAAAACUGUAAGAGCCUAUAAGAUCCUUUUUGUCCCUCAACUCAUACCCCCUCAUCACAAUGUGGAAGACGCUGUUGCAGAGCCAAGACGAAGCAAUACUGCCUCAGUCCAACCAGACCAAAGCCUGCUGCAGAACAAACCCAACAAUCAACACAAUUUUAUUGUCAGUAUUAUGUGAGUCUUGCCUUAUUUUAUUACCAUGCUAGCUAACUGUGCUGAUGUGAAUUAUAACAUGUAAAUAUGUUAUAUAUAUAUAUAUAUAUAUAA